GGACAACGUCACCUCAGCCAGACCCGCAGGGCCUCUUAACCAGGAUCCUGCGACCCCUCGCUGGAUAUAUCAAGAGGCCCUCCAUCAAAUGAAGUGGUGCAAGAAGCUCCGGCGUAAGUUGAAGUCCCCAAAAGCCCAUACGAAGUCGGCAAACAUGACGUCCAAGCUACUCGAGGUCCCGGCGGAGAUCCUGGCGUGCAUCGCCGAUGACCUGGACAUCGAGGACUACGGCAACCUCCGCCUGGCCAACAGACAGGUGCACGAUUACACAUUCCCAUACUUCGCGAAGAAGUUCUUCGACCGCCGGAAAUUCUACCGCGGCCACCUGAGCCUCAGAACAUUACUCUCCAUUUCCGAGUCCCGCCUGGGCCCCUUUCUGGAAACCGUCAUCCUCAGCACUGAGCUGUUAGAGUCCAGCCCGCCGACGGACGCCCCGAAUGUCUCCAUGGAGGCGUGCUACAGGGCAUACGCCGAACAGUCGAGCAUGCUAGCCUGCGGGUGGGACCGCGACACACUCAUCGACGCAUUUCGGAAUCUUCCCAACCUCAAGUCCGUCGGCGUCGAGUCUUUUGACGACAGCGAGAUCUGGGAUCCUGAAGACGGGCACCAGUCGAUCAUAGAUGGAGGCUACGGCCUGAAAACCGUCCUUAGGAGCCUAGGAUACGAGGACGGAAGGCCGCCACGCCAGCCAUCGUCGGAAUCACAAUGUGUCACGGCCGUGCAGACGCUGCUGGGCGCCGUGGCAAAGUCGGGUGCUCGCCCCAAGGGGUUCAGCGUAACAGGGAGCGCGAACGGGUCUUACAUGGGGGGUCACACCUGGGGCGUGGAUGACGACGCCUUUGUUAUCCCCACAUUCCUGGAACAGACCUUGGUGCCGGUCAUCGAGGAACUGGAGGAGCUUAUUCUCGAGGUGAACAACAGGAUUCUCUAUCCCAACCCCAGUGACCCUGCAACAUGCAGGACGUGCCACCUCCGCCGAUUCCUUGGCCUGCCUAAGAAACUAAAGAGACUGCGGAUCGCCCAUCUCACGGGUCAUAUGACGUCGUUUGACAGCCCGGAGGAAAGGGGUCAGUUCUGGCAGUGGCUGGGUUGGAGCCCCAAAGGGAAGGGCAACGCGCUCCCCAACGACGACGAAAGCGAAAGCGAUGAUGAAGAGAACCGGCAGCCGCAGUGGGAAAGGACACCCACAAACGCCGCAAACACCCUGCUAUCGCCGCCUCCAAUCUCCCUCCCACACCUACAGGAACUGUACCUCGACAGCCAAGACAUCCUCCCCGCAAACCUGACGCGCCUCCUCAACAAGGUGUCCCCCACCCUGGUAAGGCUAAACCUAUGCGACCUGAACCUGCGCUACCGGGCCGUAAGGAUGGACGACAGCGAAGACGAGGUCGACCGGGUCGUGGCCGAGGUGAACCGGUGGAUCGAGCUCGUGGGCAGGAUCGCGGCCAUGCCGAUCGACGAGCUGCGCGAGGUCACCUUCGUCGGCUUCGGCGGCCUCGGCGCCUGGCACCUGAACAAGUUUGCCGAUGAGAUCGACGCGACGCCGGACUCGGUGCACUUCAAGGUGCUCAAGAUCGUCGGGGACAACUCAUAUAACGGCCAGGCGGAGUUCUCGUACGCCGGAUCUGAUGUACGCGGGGCGCUGCGGCAGUUGGAAGCUGAUUUGCGUGCCGCACUUCGGGACGGGCGGCACGUGUUUGUUUCGGAGCCGCCCAAAAGGAGGAAUAGCUUCUGAUGUAUUUAAAAGGGCUUUUGGAGUGACGGUUGGGAUUUAGCCUGGGAAUUUUGAACGCAGGGUACGUGUCAUGAUAUCGGCGGGAGAACUAUUGGCGUUCUUGAUCCAAAGUACAGGAUCCACGUGAUAAAAUCACCGUUUGCGUUGCGGUUUUGCCUUACUGUCCAAAUCUGUUCGACAGGCAUGUCCGAUUCAAGUGUGUGCCAGUUGAGAGUGAAUUGUUCCAGACUCAUCCAUCAACAAGCGUUUUCCAGACCCGCACUAUCAUCCAGUGCUUAUUUAGGUGGGUACAUUUCUAGUUACCUACCUAGGUAGGCUUACAUAAAGAGCAUGAAUAUACAUGGGACCAGGAAAACAAACACGAUAGCGCUAGCCGCCUAAGCCUAGAACUGAGGCUUGAGUGGAGUUUUAAGCAGGAACCCUAUACUAUAGUUACUGAUGAUCGUAUUGGAAAUGUAUAAAGCGCCUGCAGCCAUAGCUCCGGUGAUGAUAUUAGCAGACAAGGCGCUGUUGGCUGGAAGUCCCUGGGCUGAGGUGACGCCGCCAGAGACCAGUUGAGAAGCUUUGGCGGCAGCAGUCGUGGGUUUGAUAUCAGUCAUGCCGUUGCUAUGGAUGCACUGCAUAGACAGGAGAACAGUAUUCCUAAGAAGGACGACAAAAUCGCGAGGCCUAUGAUGAAUUAGUCACUUUCUUGGAGGUGGGACCUUCUCACGUCACUCACCCCAGCUGAUUUCGAAUUGAAGUUCAAAAAUUACGCAG